UUUGUCACUAUUACUGUUUUUGUUCGAAAGCCGUAAAGUGCCAAGAAUAUGACACUCUGUAGGUCACUGAUGAAAUCCUAGACACGGUGAUGAAAUCUGUGUGUGUGUGUGUGUGUGUGUGUGUGUUGUGUGUGUGUGUGUGUGUGUGUGUGUGUGUGUGUGUGUGUGUGUGUGUGUGUGUGUGUGUGUGUGUGUCGUUAAAACAGAAUCCCAGGGCCAGGGGUAGGGAGGUGAAUAAACAGAACUGAUGGAUAUCAGCGUGCCGUGCACACACAAGGUCUUCCAGUUGAGGAAACUCAACUUUUCUUUUUUUAUGUUUCAACCUCUCAGGCUAAUUAUAGCUGAUAAGAAUUGAAUCACCAAAUUAUUUUGAAUUAUUCCCGUUCAGUUAAUGUUUAUUUUGACCUACUUUUCUGAGCUCAAUUAUAUGAUUCCAUAUUCUCUGGAAUAUUGAAAAGCGAGCUCGGCUCUGUUCACAAUAGUUUCCAUUUUUGACUUGAUGAUUAGAUGUUUCCUCGCGGUAUAAUUCAGGGCUCAUUGUACCCGCGACAAACGGAGAAUGCUACAGUUGCAUAACCGCGAAUAAAGCAAGCGUCUAUGUUUGUGAUGCUGACUCAAUGCUUCCAUCAGUGCCCCAUAUCUUUAUUAUCUCGCUGUCGGUUGCCUUGACGAGAUUAAAUGUGUUAAUUAACAAAUUCUUUGGUUAAUGCAUUUGCGCCGUUUCAUUGUACACUCGUCCAAUCAGAUGCUGUGUUGAUAUCGGGUCAUACGACGCCAGCCUUAACUGUGAGCGUCCAGUGUGUCCAGCAGGGGAGGCUGUUACUAUCCUCGGUAUCCUCUCGGACCGCAUCGUCUUCAUCUGCUCUGCCAGCCAGCCGCACUGAGUGGAUUAAGUCUGAAGUCCUGAGGGUGCCAGAUAGGGAAAACACCCAUGUGGUCAUAAACCUGCCCUGCCUUGCUCCUCUUAACGUGUCUGUGUGUCACCCUGGGUGUGAUGUAACGUAGGGGCUAGUAGAAGCGGCUUGUGGAUGUGGUAAGCCUGUGAGUUAAGCCUUGGGGCCCAGGAAGGGGCUUGGCAAAGGGGCUUCUACCUUUUAUAGAGUGACUGACUUGUUGUCUUGCGCGGGUUAAAGCGAGGUUUCCCUCUGAUUCUAACCCCCCCCCCCCCCCCCCCUGAUCCCCAAACAUAACACAGAGAUCUGCCCCAGCCAAUGGGGUUGAACCAUACCAUCGGAAUUAGCAACACCAACACCCGCCGCAACGCUAUUGUCCUUCACUACACACACUCUACAGUACACCACCCUACACCACUCUGUAUACUACACCAGCCUGAACACACUACACCACCCUACACAUACACUACUCUACCCUACACAUACUACACCACCCCCUGGCUUCAUCCACCCCUCUGACUGGCUUCCUUGCGGCCGUUUACAUAAUGGACCUGAACCUGACCUUUGACAAGGUGUGUACUUUUUAUUCAUAGUUUGUGUUGUUGUUGUGUGUACAUCUUCCGGCGUGUUUGUGCUGCGUUUGUCAUGUUCCUGUUUCCACGCGCUCCUCCCGAGGUGCUAAUGUUUCGAGGGCUGAAUAAUUUAGACCGGCACGUCCGCGGGGAUGCUACUUGAUAGCCCCGCUGCCUAUGAGUCAGCUGGGCUGGGGGUGGGGGGGGGGGGGGGGGGGGGGAGAAACGAUGAAACAAAUGUAUAUCUGCAGAUCAGGUAUAAGCGGGGGGACGGACGGCGCACUUUGCCUUUUCACCUCCGCCGGCCACGCCUCCCUUUUCCAAUUAGUGCCGAACCCCCGGGGGUGAAACCGGAGAACGGAAAGGCAACACUCGUCUGUUCCGUCGCUGCCCCCCUUCGUCGUAGUCUGCCGUCGUUUUCUCCACGGAUGCACAACUCGGGCGCUCAGGACCGCCGUGGUCUGGACUGGAGCGGACGCCAUCGGCACCUCGACGCCGCCGCCGCCGCCGCCACUCGCUGCCACCACUGCGGCACGAUUGCGGCGCGGAGGAACUCGGUCGGGCCGGGCGGGGGCGACGGGGGGGUGUGGGUCAGGCACCCCGAGGAGUUCGCCGUGGCCAAAGAGGACCCGUACGCCGCCGCCGCCGGCAGCGUUGGCGUGUCGGCCUACGGCCGGCCCCAGCCGGCGAGGCACGGCGCUACCGGUCCGAUGCUGCUGAGGAAGAACUCGGUGCCGGAGAUGAGGAGCGGCCUGUACCACGCCGAGACGGCGGGCGACUGGGCCCUGCCGCCCGCCAAGGAUUACUACCAGUCCGCCGUGAGCCUGAACCAGCCACCCGAGGAGCCCGGCUUUUAUAGGCCCGGCCAGCAGCUGCUUAGCAGAUCAGCCUCGCAUUACGGGCCAGGUGCGGCGGUGGUGGGGGCGAGGCCCGGGUGGAAUCAAGGACAACUCGCCACGGCCCCCUCCGCCGCGGGAGCCGGAGCUCCUCCUCCUCCUCCCCCGCCUCCCCCUCCGCCCCCGCCUCCACCCCCUCCUCCCCCUCCCCCUUCCGCCCUCGAGCUGAGCCGCCUGUACAGAGAGUCCCUGAGCUCCAGGCUGAUCCCAGACGUGCGGCACGUCGCAGGCAGCUCACCCGCUCCCUCAGUGUACGGCGGCCACCCCUCCUACCCCGUCGUCUACGCCUCCGUCGGCCCGCCCUCGUCCCUGUCCCAGCAGCAGCAGCAGCAGCAGCUCUACAGCGAGCUCCGGGGCCCCCCGCUGGACCCUGGCCACCCCGUCGCCGGCAGCCUCGCGUCGGACGCGGCCUCUCAGGGAAUGGACGGAGCCCUGCAGCGCGCCUACGGUGCGGUGGCCUCCCAGAGGCUCCCGUACGACCCCAACUACGACCCCAGCCAGGCCAUGAUGGCGGCCACGGCGGGCAUGAUGGCGGGCAUGCCCAUGCCCGGCGGCGGCGGCGGCGGCGCCGACCCCAAGCGCAUGGUGGACCAGGGGUUCCUGGCCUUCCUGCGGGCCGAGGGCCUGGCGGAAAGCACCAUCACCCUGCUGCUGCAGCAGGGCUUCGACUCCACCGGCAUGCUGGGCAUGAUGGAGGAGCACGACGUGCGCUCGGUCACGCCCAACCUGGGCCAGGCGCGCGUGCUGUCCCGCGCCGUGAUGAACUGCAAGGCGAGCGGCGGGCAGAUGGCGCCGCGGCCGCGCUCCAACAGCUUCAGCCACCGCGACGUGUACCUGCAGAACCAGGGGCUGACCAUGGACAGCGGGCUGAUGCAGCAGCAGCAGCAGCAGCAGCUGCAGCAGCAGCAACCCCACGCCAUGCAGGCCAUCUCCCCCCGGAUGGGCGAGUUCCUGGGCCGGAGACCCAACAGCGCCCCGUCCCAGCACCUGCUGGAGACCACCACCUACGGCUCCCAGCGGCCCCUGACCAACGCUGCGUAUCCCAUGAGCCCGGGGCCGUACGGGAACGCCGUGUCCCUGGCGAGGCCCCUGUACAACGUCCACACGGGCCUCUCCAUGUCCGCCAUGGGGCAGCAGGCCCCCGCCGUCCCGGGGGCCCCCUGCGCGCCCAAGACAUUCUCCGGGUCCUACUCGCCGAUGGAGCUGAUGAAGAGGGCCCCCAACAUGGCGCCCCUGUCGCCCAACAUGGCGGCCCCCAGCCCCAUGCACAGCCCCCAGCUGCUACGCAAGGGCAUGACCGGGGCCCCCGACCCUACCUCGGCCCCCAUGGCCACCGGCCCCACCAUGCAGGGGCAGACCUUCAACAAGAUGAUGGGACGUCGUACCGGGCCGCCCGUCAUAGUCUCCACCAUGAUCACGACACCGGAGACAAGUAACCGACGGUCCUCUCUCUAGUCCUCGCCUGCUUCCCUUUGUCCUUUCCUUCGUCCUUUCCUCCGUCCUUGAGUGGCCGCUAGUGUGACCUUGCCUCGUUGGUGCGUUUGGUCUUCCUGAAGCACCUAAAGCUUUUUAUUUUGGGCUUUAAAAGAGUAGGGUGAGGUAAAAAGGUGAGGUUGAUACUACCGUUGGUUUUACCACUUAUCUCGUUUUUAAUAUUCGUCGUAAUUGAGUAGACCCAGACUUUAUAAAUGAGUGUGAUGCGUCAGAGUUGAGUGGAUUAAUAUGACGAUGUGUGUUUCUUAAAUGAUUUGGCUAUUUAAAACGUGUUCUAAAAUGGAGUAGAGUUGAGAAGUGAUCUGUUGCCUCCAUUAGAAUAUAGUCACUGGGAAAGGCACUUUCCUAAGCUCAGCCAGUUUUCAACUCUAUUUUCUAUACUCUCUCUAGCUUCAUUCAUGGGCUCAAUUCCAUUUCUUCUGGUGUGUUGGGCGUAGUUAAUCUCAUACGUUAUUUUAUUUUUACUGAAUCGUGUUGAUAUUUUCCUUUUAGUUUGAAAGAGACGUUUCCAAACUAAAAUACAUUGUAGUGCUUCAAGGCUAUAAAUGUUCAACCAAAGAAUGAACAUUAAUUCACAGUAAGUAAAUGGCAAACUGCUUCCCAUUGGCCUUCUAUCCAGGAUGGAACGGCUUGUUUGUACAGUUAUGUUCACUCUCUGUUUUACACCGCUCUCUGCUAAUCAGGGGCUUAAUGGCAUCCAAGCCAAUUACGAUAAUCGGAUGUAUUUGUGUUUGGCUAUAACCGGCAGCAGCCUCACACACAGCCUGUUGACUGCGACGCAAAGGCUGUGAAGUGGUUUUUAAAAGCACAGGCGCACAUCUUGGCCCUCAUUGACAGUUUCUUCAUGUAGACAUCUCGAGCGUAAUCCCCGAGUCGAUUUGAUACGACAGCCGAUAUAUGGAGAUGAAUUUCCUUCAAAUCGACAUUAUUAUUUAUAUUAAUGUCCUCGGCUCUAUUCUGUAGUACGCCCUUAGCAAGCGUUUUCUAACAGACUUGUUUAACGAAGCUGCAUGGGUUGGAAGUCCGUCAUGGCUCCGGGUAUUCUGAUGUAUUUAUUUGCAUGGCUUUUGAGUGGCCGCAGUGACCAUGAGGAUAUGGUUUCAGUGUCAGAGACGCAUGUUGGAGGUUCCUGCGACGUCAUAGACCGACCAUCCUUUUAAAUUGGCUGCUUAUCUUUCUCUCUCUGCUGAAUGCCGUGUUUGUGCUGGAGCUCUGCUUGAUGUGUGUGCUGUGGCCGUUCUCCUCUUCAGUCACCAGGGUUAGGGUUAGGGUUGUUUAUUUCAUGUUUUACUCUUCCGGGCGUCGUCCAAACAGUCUGGCGGCUCGCAAUGUUUCGUUCUUCCAGCGUAGGCUUCUUCCUCUUGUUGAAAUGAGAUGAAAUAGGCUGAAU